AUGUUUGUUAGGGACAGAAUUGCUGCUGCCAACGAGUCUGUGAUGUUUGUUAGAGCCAGGUUUGUUGCUGGCAACGAGUCUGUGAUGUUUGUUAGAGCCAGGAUUCCUGCUGGCAACGAGUCUGUGAUGUUUGUUAGAGCCAGGACUGCUGUUAGCAACGAGUCUGUGAUGUUUGUUAGAGCCAGGUAUGCUGUUGGCCACGAGUCUGUGAUGUUUGUUAGAGCCAUGAAUGCUGCUGGCAACGAGUCUGUGAUUUUUGUUAGAGCGAGGUUUGCUGUUGGCCACAAGUCUGUGAUGUUUGAUAGAGACAGGAUUGCCGCUGGCAACGAGUAUGUGAUGUUUGUUAGAGCCAGGUUAGCUGUUGGCAACGAGUCUGUGAUGUUUGUUAGAGUCAGGUUUGCUGUUGGCAACGAGUAUGUGAUGUUUGUUAGAGUCAGGUUUGCUGCUGGUAACUUGUUUUUGAUGUUUGUUAGAGCCAGGUUUGCUGCUGGCAACGAGUCUGUGAUGUUUGUUAGAGACAGGACUGCUGUUGGCAACGAGUCUGUGAUGUUUGUUAGAGCCAGGUUUGCUGUUGGCAACGAGUCUGUGAUGUUUGUUAGAGACAGAAUUGCUGCUGCCAACGAGUCUGUGAUGUUUGUUAGAGCCAGGUUUGUUGUUGGCAACGAGUCUGUGAUGUUUGUUAGAGCCAGGUGUGUUGCUGGCAACGUGUUUUUGAUAAUUUUUAGAGCCAGGACUGCUGCUGCCAACGAGUCUGUGAUGUUUGUUAGAGCCAGGUUUGUUGUUGGCAACGAGUCUGUGAUGUUUGUUAGAGCCAGGUGUGUUGCUGGCAACGUGUUUUUGAUAAUUUUUAGAGCCAGGACUGCUGUUGGCAACGAGUAUGUGAUGUUUGUUAGAGUCAGGUUUGCUGCUGGCAACCAGUCUGUGAUGUUUGUUAGAGCGAGGUUUGCUGUUGGCAACGAGUCUGUGAUGUUUGUUAGAGCCAGGUUUGUUGCUGGCAACGAGUCUGUGAUGUUUGUGAGUGCCAGUUUUGCUGUUGGCAACGAGUCUGUGAUGUUUUUUAGAGCCAGGUUUGCUGCUGGCCACGAGUCUGUGAUGUUUUUUAGAGCCAGGUUUGUUGCUGGCAACGAGUCUGUGAUGUUGGUUAGAGCCAGGAUUGCUUCUGGCAACGAGUCUAGAUCUGUGAUGUUUGUAAGAGCCAGGAUUGCUGCUGGUAACGAGUCUGUGAUGUUUGUUAGAGCCAGGAUUGCUGCUAGCAACGAGGCUUUGGUGUUUGUUAGAGCCAGGUUUGCUCCUGGCAACGUGUUUUUGAUGUUUGUUAGAGUCAAGAUUCCUGUUGGCAACGAGUCUGUGAUGUUUGUUAGAGCCAGGACUGCUAUUGGCAACGAGUCUGUGAUGUUUGUUAGAGCCAAGUUUGGUGCUGGCAACGGGUCUGUGAUGUUUGUUAGAGCCAGGACCAAAGUUGUCACCCAGAUGAUAGAUCGUAUAUCAGACAGCUUUUUGUAUUGUGUCAUCAACCUUUAUUCAGUAUUUCAGCAGACAGAUCACAAAAUUCACCCCCAAUGUUGA